UUUUAUUGAAGUAAAUUGAAAAUAGCUUUAUGGUUUUUUAUUUCUCUUCAGCAUCUCGUGUAAUUGCGUCUCUACGUUUUCUUUAUGGCUGUACGAUGUGAUAUGUGGUUCUGAACGUUGGCAAUGAAAGGAUUUAGGAAGUGGUUAAGAUUGUCCAUUUUAGUUGUGUUAUUUCAACUAUGGUUGGGUCAAGGUCUUCCUGUUCAAACUCUACAUAAGCGAAAGGGCCUAUCAAAGAUUUCCAAAAGCCAGAAAAAUCCAGGGGAAGAAGACAAAGCUCGUUCCUACAUCAAACAAGGCACCAUUCCUUGGUCAAAAGCGAAGCUGGCUAAACCCCUUAAUCAAAAUGCUUCGUCACGAACAAUGACUUCAAAUGACUUUGCAGAUAUGGUGAGAAUGUUCUCGUCUCCGGUAACAGCCCCUUUAAUAACGGCGCCUAUGAGUGACACCCUUUUGCCGCCUAGCCCGAUUGAAGCUCCUAAUUCGCUUCCAAACAUGCGUUGUAUUUCAAGCUCUUAUGGUUCAGAGUUGUGCCUCCCAGAGGUUUCAAUGAACAGCAAUCACCCACCUUGCUCACUUGAUAAUGAUAAUCCACACCCAGGCCUCGGACCCUGUGGGUUCCCAGGUACUGGAAUCCCAGGUUUUCAUCCUCAGUAUCCGCUUGGCAGCAGAUGGAAAAUGACUAAGACGGGAUAUGUUGCAGAUAUGAUGAAGCAAUGCUUGCAGGGCCCGUUAAGGGAAGGCUGCAGUCCUUGGGGAUGUGACUGGUUUGGAAAUUUCUUUGAUGAUGAUAAGAAAGGUGGUGGAGGAGGUGGUGCCGGUGGAGGGGGUGCAGGCGGAGGAGGUGCAGGCGGAGGAGGCGCAGGCGGAGGUGCAGGCGGAGGUGCAGGCGGGGGGGCAGGCGGGGCUGCUGGCGGAGGUGCCGGUGGGGGUGCUGGCGGAGGUGCUGGCGGUGGUGCCGGCGGUGGUGCUGGUGGAGGAGGUGCAGGCGGAGGAGGUGCUGGCGGAGGAGGUGCAGGCGGAGGAGGUGCCGGUGGAGGAGGUGCAGGAGGAGGAGGUGCAGGCGGAGGAGGUGCAGGCGGAGGAGGUGCCGGUGGAGGAGGUGCAGGAGGAGGAGGUGCAGGCGGGGGAGGUGCCGGAGGAGGAGGUGCGGGUGGAGGAGGUGCCGGUGGAGGAGGUGCCGGCGGAGGAGGAGGUUUUGGAGGCGGCGGAGGUGGUGGACGUCCAUUUUCAUAUUCCGAUCCUUCCCGAAAUUGGCGAUUUCCGAUCGGGGGAUUAAAUUCAUUUCCGAACCCAAGCAAUGGCCGGCGCAGAAGCCUGGAUAGUGUUUGUAGCGAACUUCGCAGACAAUUUGUACAAAGUAACAACAACAUUGGCGGCCCAGAAAGCAACAAAAUAUUUGAAGACCUGAAGAACUUUCCCUUACAACUUCCUAAUAUGCCAGGGACAGGUAGCUUUGAAAAUCUCCCAAAUUUGAUUAACAAUCCCUUGCUGUCACCUAAUUUUGCCGCGAGCAAAAGUGUCGAGAAUUUUGAAAAAACAACCGACAAUAACCUAUUGUCACCAGACUUUUCUGCCAGCAACAAUUUUGAUGGCGAUAAUGCGCUUUUUGGUGGAGGAAAUAAUCUUGAUAUUCUAAAGAACGACGUAGGGGACUCGAAUAAUAUAAUGAGCAGUGCUUUUAAUUCACGAAACCCGCCGGGAAAUAACAAUGGAUUAAUUCCGAAUAGCAGAAAUUUACAGCUUGCAAAGGGCAACAAUUUUAACCCGUUUAAAGAUAAUAUUGACCAAAAAGAUGGACCUAUAGAAAAUUCAAUGAUGUCUUCAACUUUUCCGGGCGGUGAUGGUGGAGGAAUGCCACAGAUCGACCAGUCAAGAUUUUAUGCGUCAAAUGAUGACAUGUUCGGGCAAUAUGAUUCGACGUCAAAUUAUGAUUAUCCAAAUUCGUAUUAUGAUAACAAUGGCGCAAGUAGAUCCUGGAUGAUGGAGAGUUAUUCGGAUUAUACUGGAUAUCGACGGGCUGGGAUGGCCGUUAGGAGUAAGAACAAAAAUUCAACUCAUGACAAAGAGGCUCAUAGCAAAUCGAAGAUGAUAAUGGCCGUCCCUCAUCCAGACAAAAACUGGCGCCACAAAAACGGUGUUUGGUAUUACGUGAAGGAAAAAAAGAAAUUGCACAAAGGUGACUACAACGGCAGGUUUUUACUACCGACUAUAACAAAAUGGAAACACUCUAGCAAGAAUCUUGUUAAGCCGAAUACAAAUAAAAAGAAACAUAAUGAUAAUAAAACGUCUUAGUAAAACUAGACAGCUGACUUUAGUAAUAGAGGUGACAGGGUCCGGAGGGAGCAUCGACCUCUGCGUUGAGUUUCGUAGAGCGUCUUGUAAUUCCUAGGCUUAGAUUGGUAACGGCACGAAUUUUAAGACUGCUUUUUCAUGAUUUCAUGGCAAGAGAGACUAGAGAGUGUCCAUGCAUGCAGAAGAGCUGUACUCCUGAUCUAGCUUUGCUAGGCAUGUCUUAAAAUAUGGGUAGAAGAAUCUUUAGUUUGAUUCACACAAAAGCUAAAAAAAGUCUAAAAAAUGAAAUUGUUAGCUUUUUAAAAUAACUCAGCAAAGUACAAAUUAAAUUAUUUGGUACAUGCAGUGCGUACAGUUAAUUAAAUUAGCCCGUGCGGAAAGAC